AUAAGAUUAAUUUUGUAAAACAAAGUCGGCAUUGUUAAACUAGCAUUUAGUCUCCUUUUCACCUUAAUUUGGGCAGAUGACUUCAACAGUGAAUUGUAACAUUUUAAUUGGCAUCACCAUUUUCUGGCCCAAAGUGCCGUUCAACAGUUCUGAACUUUUACUGUUCUUCUCACCUCGUGGGAGAUUGACCCUCUGAGGGAGACUGACAAGCCUUUACUGUUACUUUUACUGUCCCUCUGUGGGUGACAGCUUUCUCCUCAUUUAACGUGGAGAAAUUUAACGAAAUUUAACCUGGGCCUGGUGUGCCCAGGUUGUCUCCCUCUGAGGGAGACCGAAGGAAAAAUGGUUUUCAAGGGUGACCAGUGUAAAGCUGAAGUUUUACUUUCUCCUAGAGAAGUUUGAUAGUUGCCUCUCUCCUCCAGGGUUGGAAUGGGCAUAAUCUAAUUGUGAUAAUGUACAGGCAAUAGCUGACCACAUUACUAGUUUGCAGGUCGAAUGAAAAAUGGGAUGAGGAAAAGGUAGGUUGCCCAUGAAAGGUAAGAAGAUAAGUUAUUUGGGCAGUUUUGGGAGGUUGUUUAUCUUGCAUGCAAAAAUCAAAAGCUCCCUGCCACCUGGAAAGGGUUGCAGAUAUAAAAUUUAUGAGUUUGAAGUCAGAAAAUGAGGUUCUUAGAACAGCAUUGUCUUUUGAGAAAGGGGCACAGGAGAAAUUGUCUUUUAAAUAAAAAUGAGCAAUUAGAGAAACUACUGAAGCUGAAAUAUGAAAAAAACAAAUGCAGUAAAAUCUAGGUAAAUUACUUUAUAAAAUCUCACAUGAAUCAUCCUCUAAUUCAGUCCAGCACAUCUGUGGGGUGGUAUAUUGUGAGGAUCUUGAAACACGGGAUGGGGACAUUUGGUACAAUGAUGAUGAUUUAGAGGCAGACUCUCACCCUACCCCAAAAGCAGUAAAAGUUCAGCCUUUAAUUGAAACUGAAACUAUGGUUGAGGGACGUGGACAAAACCCACACUACUGUUCCUUGCAGAGUAAGAUACAUUGCUGGAAGAACAGUCUAGGUGUUCAGGGGAAUACGAAACUGAAUACAAGUUUCCCUUAUGGACAGAGAUCAGAUCUUGCUGAGUGAGGAAGAGGCAGAAAGAUUCUGGUGACAUUGAGUAUUUUUAACUAGUACCCCAGGUAACCAUAACUACUCAUUGACUACCUGAGCUGCCUACUGGGCUGGGGACAUAGACCCACAGGACACAGGAAAGCCUGCUGCUGUUUAAAGCAACAGGAUUCUCAGAUCUGGCAGCCUCUGUGCAAAGGCAGUGUGUAUUUAAGCAAUGUAUGAAAGACAUCAGUGAAGGCGAGUCCUGACGGUAGCUUCUGUCAACCCAGCCCUAUUAACUCCUCCCCUUCGUGGCCCUCCAGAUAGGCUGAAAAUGUCUGUAUCAAAUGCCCAAUUCACAUACAAAUAGAUGGCACCAUGAUUAUUACUGCAGCAGUGGUACAACCACCUAUAGACCAAAUUCACAUACCUACCUGGUAUGAAUUCUCCCAGGAAAUAGGGAGAUAUGAGUGCCAUAUGGGACGGGUUGGAGCAACCUCUGGGAAGCCACCUGAACCCCCUGGGAAAUAUUGAAAUCUUAAACCUGAAUAUGAAGCCUGGGAACAUCCUGAAGGUGAAGGGCAAAAUAUCUGCUGAUACUGUUGGCUUCAGCAUCAAUCUUGGCUGUAGCUCAAGAGAUCUGGCACUUCACUUCAAUCCCCGCUUCAAUGAAUCUGUCAUAGUCUGUAACUCCAAGUGCUCCGAUUCCUGGCAGACAGAACAUCGUGACCGCCACAUGCCUUUCUUCAGGGGCUGCACUGUCAAGUUCUUCAUUGAAAUGCUGUCAGACAAAUUCCGUGUGAAACUGCCGGAUGGUCACGAAGUGUGCUUCCCCAACCGGCAUGGCUACCGCAAUAUCAACUACGUAAGCAUCGUGGGAGGCCUGAAGAUCAUCUCCUUCAAGCUGAGCUGAUGGGCAGUGCUUCCUAGCUCUAAUAAAAAACCAAGCCAGUGGAA